CCUGCCCGGCGUCCGUGUCCGUGUCUGUGCCAGUGCCAGGAAAACCCGAGGGACCAGGGAUAGAUGAACCAAGUUGCUGCCGGGCUUCCAUUUUGGUGCAUCUCCCUUCGCUUCUCGGGGUCUUUUUUAACUGUUGGUGUUCACAACUGAACAAACCAUGGGGAGGAAACUGGACCUUUCUAGCUUGACAGAUGAUGAAACAGAACAUGUUCUUCAGGUGGUUCAGCGAGAUUUCAAUCUUCGUAAGAAAGAAGAAGAACGGCUUAGUGAGAUGAAACAAAAGCUGGACGAAGAAGGCAGCAAAUGUAGCAUCCUGUCCAAGCACCGGCAGUUCACGGAGCACUGCUGCAUGCGCUGCUGCGCCCCUUUCACCUUCCUCCUCAACACCAAGCGCCUGUGCUGUGAUUGCAAGUACAACAUCUGCAAAAGCUGCAGCUCCUACCAGAAGAAGGAGAGGGCGUGGCUCUGCUGCGUGUGCCAGCAAACCAGACUCCUAAGGACCCAGUCCCUGGAAUGGUACUACAAUAACGUGAAAAGCCGCUUCAAACGCUUUGGCAGUGCCAAGGUCCUGAAGAACUUGUACAAAAAGCACAGACUGGAGAGUGGAGCUUGUUUCGACAUAAUAGAAGGAAGCUUUUUGGAGCCAAGCCUGGAGCAUGAAGGAAGCAUUAGUGGCAGUGAUUCUACAUUCUACAGGCAGUCUGAAGGACAUAGCAUGAUGGACACCCUGGCCGUGGCCUUGCGUGUUGCUGAAGAGGCCGUGGAAGAGGCCAUUUGCAAGGCAGAAGCAUCUGGUGACAGUCUGGACAAACAGAAUGAAGCUAGUUAUCUACGUGAACACAAGGAGGAGUUGAUAGAAGAGCUUGCCACCACCAUAGUACAGAAGAUCAUAAGGAAGCAGAAAGGCAAAGGGGAACAGACAGAGGACUCUGAUUGGCCACAGCCCAGCAGCAGCUCUAGGGAAGUGACUGGUCAGAGCAUGCCGGCUUUCCCAAGGGGCCAACAGGCAUCCUGCACACUCUUGAGGUCCCAGUCUGCACUCUCCCUCGCUGGCGAAGAGGCUCCAAGCAAAGAGUCGAAGGUCUCAGUACCCCUGGAGGCCCUGUGGGCAGAGCAGAGGGUCCAGGCCCAGAAGCCAAAGGAACAAGAGCAUGCUGCCUUACCCAGCUGGAAGAGCAUGGACAGACUGGAUGAGACAAAUCCAGACCCUGUUUUGCAAAGUGCUGAUGGGAACUGGGUGGCCUUGAAGGAUAAGCCGUUUCCUCAUCCCCGACUUCUGGCCAAACCAAAGAGCCGGGCAUUCCAGGCUCUGGAGAAAGAGUCCAGCGUGGUAUCUGCCUAUGAUGAGAUGGGCUCAGAUAGUGAGGAUGACUUUGACUGGAAUAUGACCCUGAACAAGCUUCAUCAGAGACCCCAGAGCCUGUCAGACAAUUCCUGCUCCGCCGACUCCCAGCAUCACCCUGAGUGGGCUUACGGCCAUGACCAAUGUCCUCGAGGAACCUCCCCCUCCUCUGGUCUUUACACCAACCCUGAGACCAUGUGCUCUGACUCAGAGACUUCCUCAGUGAGCUCUUCCCGGGAAGUUCAAGGACCAGCCAAGAGACCUUGGCUACAGAGAAAACCCCCUAGCAACUAUUCACUAGAAAAAGCACAAUCACAAGGAGGGCUGGAUGUAAAUUUCAACCCCCAGGCUGCUGACACACAGGACUCAGACAGCAGUGAUGCUGAGAACACCCACCACACAGCUGACAAGCGGUCCAGGAGGUGGAGGAGGAGCAGGCUGGCCUCUGACGAGCUGAAUGAAGAAAAGCCCCCCACCCAAAGCCAUGAGAAGGAUUCAGACUCGAAUCAGGUUUUUGAUGAUUUGUCAGAGACGGAUAUCAGCAGUGAAGAUCACCAUCAUAAAAGCGGGACAAACGCCACAGAUGAGAAACUGAAAUCCAGGUUGUUUGAAUUAGCUGCUAAAAUGAGUGAGAAGGAAACAUCUUCAGGUGAGGAACAGGAGUCCGAGCCCAGGACGGAAUCUGACCAUCAGAAAGAAAGUCUGUCCUCAGAAGACAAUGGCCAGUGCAUUCAGGAGGAACUGAAGAAGGAAAAGAGAGAGGCUUUAGAUGUCUGUUUAAAGCUCCAAUUUUUGUCCACACUGCUACAACAGAAGUACUCAGCUGUGUCCCUCUGCAACAUCUCUACUGAAGUUUUGAAGGUCAUCAAUGCCACAGAAGAGUUGAUAGCAGAAUCGGCUGGCCCCUGGGACUUCCCAGCAGAUCCUCCUGAGAGAGAGAAAGGGCCAUUUCCUCUCGGGACAGACCACGUGAGACUUGAUGAACAGCUUACUUCACUGGAAGAAAAUGUGUACCUGACCGCAGGUACCGUCUAUGGGUUGGAGGGUCAGCUGAAUGAACUGGAGGAUGCUGCCCGAAGAAUUGGCAGCACCACGGGGGAGUCGGAGCUUGCUGAUCUAGAGGACCAAGUGGCCACGGCAGCAGCCCAGGUGCACCAUGCAGAGCUGCAGAUUUCAGAUAUCGAGAGCAGGAUUGCAGCCCUGACAUUGGCUGGGUUGAACGUGGCUCCAUGUGUCCGUCUGACGAGGAAACGGGAUCAGAAGCAAAUGAACCAGGUACAGACCAUUGAUACAUCAAGACAGCAGAGGAGAAAACUCCCAGCCCCACCAGUGAAAAAUGAGAAAAUGGAGGCUGCUUCACUCACUUCCGUUAAAACAUUUAACCGGAAUUUCAUACUCCAAGGGUCUAUGACACAAAGGACUAAAGAAAGAAAAAGUACUGCCAAGGACUUGAUGGAACCAACUCUAGGAUCCGCCAUAAUGUUUUAGUGGUACAGAACUCUACUGCCAAUCACACACUGCCUCCAGCUGUAUACACCAGUGCCUUUCUUGAACAGCCAUUGUAUACAGUAUGUCCCAUAGAAAAUAGGCCCCGGAGGAGCACCGUUUCCUCCGAGGGCGGGGCUUUCUUUUCGUCUUGGAUACCUCACUGAGAAAGCUGUCCAAGGCUUCAGCAUUCUGGUCUGCUUGUGGGAAUGUUGCCUUAUGUUCCCUUGAGACUCCAGGAAAGAUACUAAGAUACUGAGUUUCCAAAGCAAAGCUCUUUGUUUUACAAAUGCCACUUUUUUCCCCCUGUCAAUCAAUUGUGCUAAAGAAUGUCGUCUUUUAAGAUAAUCUAUGUGGCUUUUUUUUUUUUGAUAGCCCUGAUUCCACCAGAUGUCUAUCAAAAUUCCAUCUGGUAAAAGAGGAAACAACCAUCCUACUGGCCCCUUAGUGCUCACAAAGACCUCCCUGACUUAUGCAUGCUAAGGAAAACGGACCUGGCCAUGAAUGCUAGUUUCACUGAUGUUGGUUGGGAGUGGUAAGGGUGAAAUUUUCAUUCUUAAAAACAAAAGGAAAAAAAAAAACUAGCAAUGAGCAGAGGCAUCUGUUAAUCUCCUCUCCAUCUGCCAGGCUUCUGGCUCAUGGCUCUUACAAUUAUUUCUAUUAGUUUGCAGUCACGAAUCAUGAUGUCACAUUCCACCAGGAUGGCCCCUGGUGAAAUGAAUACAGCACACCUAAACAAAGACAUGCAUUUGUUCUUUUUCUCCAUCCCAGGGACUAUCAUGAAAUCCAGACAAGUCACUGAUACCCAGACACCUUCAGCAACAACCGGGGAUCAUUCAUUGUGUAGGUGCCCAUGAACUUCCUUAGGACUUAGGCUUUCCCACACCAGAGGAGAGAAGAGUAAUGGAAAACACAGCUCAGAACUCACCUGCUGAGCUUUAUCCAAAAUGAAGGGUGUGCAAUUUAGUACUAACGUUAGCCCAUACAUUUACAUUAUACAAUAUAGCUUCCAAAGUGCUUUCUCUCCCUGUGGGAGGUAAGUAGUAAAAAUUCUAGUAUCCCCAUUAUACAGAUACAUAUAUAAAGACACCAAGGCUGGUUUCUAGUGGCAGAAGUUGGACUCUAACCUAGUUUUCUCAUUCCUAAAUCCAGGCUCUUUCCACUAGGUAACAGUCUAUGGGGUCGGAUUCUAAUAAAGUACAAAAGAUGAGCUGAAUGCAAAAUUACUUACUGAAAUCCAGUUGGUAAUUUUUUUUAGUACCCAAAGUAUCAAAUUGUUUCAAAGGAAAUGCUAAAUACCAUUUUUCCAAAAAAUAAUUACCAUAAUAAGCACCAUGACUCCAAAUUAUAAGUGUAGUAUCAAUAAACUAUUAUAUUACUCUGGGUAUGUGUAUACAGCAGGAACACAUACUAAAUAUAUGUCAACUUUCAGUCUGUUAACAAAAACAAACAGACCUAAAAACUUCAUUCAGUAAAGUGGGUCAUGUUUAUUCAUAAGUUAUUAAAAGAGACUCUAAUUAGGAAUAUUGAAUUAAUUGGGAUGACUCAAGAAUAUCUCCCUUUACACCAUUUUUAACCUCUAGAUGAUGGUUUGUCUGUUACACCCAUUCCCCAAUCUUGAAGGCUGCAGGUACUCGUCAUGAGCUGACCUUGAUGGUGGUUUGCAUAUUUGUCUGAUUAUAAUAUUUACUAAUACCGUGUAUGUGUUAUCCAACCUAAAAGAUUCAUUUGAAUAGAGUAAAUCUUUGGCUUUUGUUCCACUGGUGUGAUUUAAAACAAAAUGGAAAAGAAAAAAGUCCACAAUACAACAAAAACUCCAAGUUCAGAAUAGAAUGUUUUGCAUAAAGAGGCAUGAGAAGAAGCUACUGUUGUGUUAGUGUUAAAAUAUUCUGUCUUCUUUGACGAAAAAAAAAUGUGUCCUGUGUAAGCAUUGCAAAAAACAAAAAAAAAAAAAAGAAAAAAGAAAAAAAACCUGCUCUAUGGCAUUUGAAUUUUUACAAAGGUUUCCUUGUGCCAAAUCUGUGUGAAGAUUUAAUUUUACCAUUCAA